AUGCUGAAUGCUCACAAUGACCCCGAGGUUGAUCAGGAAGACACGCCCUCUUCAGACAAAGCCAAGGGAAAGGGCGUGGUCCAACGCAAGCUCCUGUCGACAGAGGAUGUCAUGGCGCAGUCGCUCACGUUUUUCCUGGCUGGUUACGAGACCACCAACACGCUGCUGGGCUUCACCGCCUACCUGCUGGCUACCAACCAAGACACGCAAGAGAAACUGCACGCUGAGAUUGACAACCUCGCUCCCACACGUGACAACCUCGGUUAUGACGUCAUCAGCAAGAUGGAGUACCUGGACAUGGUGAUCAAUGAAUCACUGCGCAUGUAUCCCCCAGCAGUCAUGUUUGAUCGUGCGUGCAAUGAUACCAUCACCUACGAGGGCCUCACCAUUGAAAAGGGUGUGGGAGUGAUUGCCAGUGUCUGGACUAUUCAUCAUGACGAGGAAUACUGGAACAAUCCCGAGAAGUUUGAUCCCGAGAGAUUCAGCCCUGAGAACAAGGUCAUCAAACCGUGCACUUUCCUACCGUUUGGCUUCGGUCCUCGUAACUGCAUCGGUAUGCGCUUUGCCUUGCUGGAAGCCAAGAUGGCGCUGGUCCGUGUGAUGCAGCAGUAUCGCUUCGAUGUGUGCUCAGAAACCGAGAUCCCACCAACUGUUGGCAAGGCAGGUCUCAUGUCACCCAAGAAUAUAAAUCUGAAGGCCAUUCCAAGGAACUAA